CGCCGCCUCACCUCCUUGGCCGCAGUCGGGUUCGAGUUCUGGAAGCAGCUGUGCGCCGAGCACGGCAUCAGCCCCGAGGGCAUCGUGGAGGAGUUCGCCACCGAGGGCACGGACCGCAAGGACGUCUUCUUCUACCAGGCAGAUGAUGAACAUUACAUCCCUCGGGCUGUGCUUCUGGACCUCGAGCCCCGAGUGAUCCACUCCAUCUUGAACUCCCCUUAUGCGAACCUGUACAAUCCAGAAAACAUCUACCUGUCUGAGCAUGGGGGCGGGGCCGGAAACAACUGGGCCAGUGGCUUCUCCCAGGGUGAAAAAAUCCAUGAAGAUAUCUUUGACAUAAUAGAUAGAGAGGCUGAUGGGAGUGACAGUUUAGAGGGCUUUGUGCUGUGUCACUCCAUUGCUGGCGGAACGGGCUCUGGGUUAGGCUCCUAUCUGCUGGAGAGAUUGAAUGACAGAUAUCCCAAGAAGCUGGUGGAGACCUAUUCAGUUUUCCCAAACCAGGAUGAGAUGAGCGAUGUCGUGGUCCAGCCAUACAACUCUUUGCUGACUCUCAAGCGGCUGACCCAGAAUGCUGACUGUGUGGUGGUUCUGGACAACACUGCUCUGAAUCGGAUUGCCACAGACCGGCUGCACAUUCAGAACCCAUCCUUCUCCCAGAUCAACCAGCUGGUCUCUACCAUCAUGUCAGCCAGCACAACAACACUUAGGUAUCCUGGGUACAUGAACAAUGAUUUGAUUGGCCUGAUCGCCUCUCUGAUCCCUACCCCCAGACUGCACUUUCUCAUGACUGGCUACACACCACUCACCACAGACCAGUCGGUGGCCAGUGUGCGGAAGACCACAGUUCUGGAUGUGAUGAGAAGAUUGUUACAGCCUAAAAACGUCAUGGUCUCCACUGGGCGAGACAGACAGACCAACCACUGCUACAUUGCCAUCCUUAAUAUCAUCCAAGGAGAGGUGGACCCAACACAGGUUCACAAGAGCCUGCAGAGGAUCCGUGAGAGGAAGCUGGCCAACUUUAUCCCCUGGGGGCCUGCCAGCAUCCAGGUGGCACUCUCUAGAAAGUCCCCUUACCUGCCAUCUGCACACCGGGUCAGUGGUCUGAUGAUGGCAAACCACACCAGCAUCUCCUCGCUGUUCGAGCGGACAUGCCGGCAGUAUGACAAGCUGCGCAAGAGGGAGGCCUUCCUGGAGCAGUUCCGCAAGGAGGACAUCUUCAAAGACAACUUUGAUGAGCUGGACAACUCCCGUGAGAUUGUGCAGCAGCUAGUCGAUGAGUACCAUGCAGCCACACGGCCUGACUAUAUCUCCUGGGGCACGCAGGAGCAGUGA